AUGAGAGCUCAGGACAAUCUGGAAUUUUUAUUGAAGUGGUUUGAACGUUUUCCUCAGUACAAAGGAAGGGACUUCUAUAUUACAGGAGAGAGCUAUGCAGGACAUUAUGUUCCUCAGCUGAGCCAGGCAAUUGUAAAACACAACUCUGCAACAAAGGAAAAAACCAUUAAUCUGAAGGGUUAUAUGGUGGGAAAUGCUUUAACUGAUGAUCACCAUGAUCACUUGGGGCUUUUCCAAUUCAUGUGGUCAGCUGGCUUGAUAUCUGACGAGACAUACAAAUUACUAAACCUUCUAUGUGUUUCUCAGCCAUUUAUACACUCCUCGAGUUCAUGUGAUAAGGUUCUCGAAAUUGCUUCUGAAGAACUUGGCGACAUUGAUCCAUAUAGCAUCUACACUCUCGCCUGCCAUGCUAAUGGUAGCCAAACAAAUCAAUUGCGGAAAAGAAAGCACAGGGUUGGUCGCAUUAGUCAGAAGUAUGAUCCUUGCACAGAGAAGCACUCAACUGUCUACUUCAAUUCACCUGAGGUUAAACGGGCACUUCAUGAUUCCUUGUUGCUUGGGAAAAUUCAUGUGGCCCUUUUGAAACAUCUUCUAUCUGAUAUUGAAGUGGAGCUCAACAACGAAUCUUUGCCUCAUCAGAGUAAAUCUUGCAAUUAUCUUGCAUUGCUUCACAUGGGAUCUGGUAUAUUGUGGAACAAGUAUGAUUUUCCUGUAUUCUUGCUCUCGGAGAGUAGUACGAAGAACAUCCAAGAGGUUUCUGAAGAAAUUUUGAAGAGACAGAGAUCUUAUACCACUGUUGUGGCUGAGUUUGAUCUUGUGAUGCAGACAGUGAAAGCUGGAACUCGUGAUUCAGAAUCUUGUUUGAAAGAGGAGACCUGCCUUCCAUUAGGGGGAUACAGUGUUUGGUCAUCACUUCCUCCGCUUAAUAUCUCCUCCUCAGAUCAGGGUAAGCCUAUUAUAUUGACUGUGGCGUCAAUGGAUUCGGCUUCAUUUUUCUGUGACAAAAGCCUUAUUGCAGACUCCCCAAUAUCAGGCAUGAUUGCACUCUUGGCAGCGGUCGAUGCACUAUCACAUUUGGAGGCUUUCCAUGACCUUAAUAAACAGGUGAGUGAGAUGAAUCUUCUUUUCAAUCUUUGUUCUGCAAUUUUUUUCCCUUGUAUUGAAGCAUUUAUCUAUCUCAUUUCAACAUUUCAUGUUUAA